CUGGAAACCGUUGCUUAGCAGCGGCGAUGCCGCUACGGACGGGGCCCUUAGCAACGGGAUCAUGCCGGUGUGGGUGCGCGACUACAGCUGGGAGCAAACGGCCGAGGCCGUCUACCUGGUCGUCCCCUGGAGGGCCGCCCCGCUCCGCCGCGACGGCAUUUUCUGCGCCGAGCGAUACCUCAAGGUAAAUUCUCCUCCGUUUCUAUUCGAAGCCAUUCUCUACGCUCCUAUAGAUGAUGUCCGCAGUACUGCCAAAAUCGAGAAUGGCUCAGUUUUCUUCACCCUCUAUAAAAAAGAAGCGGCCAUGUGGGAAUCCCUCAUUAUGGAAAAUGGGGACAAGGGAGAAAUGCAGAGAAUCCGAGAGGAUGCUGUGCGCAAAGCACAAGAGGACGCAAAAUCAGAAGCAGAAGCAAAAGCUGCUCAGAAACGAGAGCGCAGCAAGUUUGCUGUGGAGGCCACAAUUAAGCUGGAAGAUGCGGAAAGAGAAAGGAUAGAAGAGCUGAAAGAAAAGGAGCGGAAAAAAGCCACUGAGGAGAUUGAGAAAUGGAAAGAGCAGAACGAGAAACAAAAGAAGAUUCAUUUUCGUCAGCCACAUCAGGAACACAGAAAAACCCCAGUGGAAAGCAAGCAAGAGAAAAAAAGGAAAGUGAAAUCUUCAAGUAGAGGAACAUCCAAGUCAAGUACAACUACAGGAGAUACAGUUUCUGGAAAUAUGUUUUCAGAGAAGCUGAAGGAAGAAUCUAUCCCUGCUCCGCGAUCUGCCAGUAGCAUUGAAAUAAAAUUCACCCCUCGCGUCUUUCCUACAGCUCUCAGAGAAUCCAGGGUUCCAGAAGAGGAGGAGUGGCUAUGUAAGCAAGCAGAGGCUCGCAGAAUCAUAAAUUCAGACAUUGCUGAGCUAGAAGAUUUAAAAGAAGAGGAGAAGAAUCCAGAUUGGUUGAAAGACAAAGGAAAUAAAAUGUUUGCAACGGGAAAUUAUCUUGCUGCUGUCAAUGCCUAUAAUUUGGCAAUUCGUAUCAGUAAUAAGAUUCCAACAUUGUACUUGAAUCGAGCUGCCUGCCACCUUAAGCUGAGAAAUCUACACAAGGCGAUUGAAGAUUCCUCAAAGGCUUUGGAAUUACUGACUCCUCCUGUUCCUGACAAUGCUAAUGCUAGAGUGAAAGCUCAUGUGAGGCGUGGGGCAGCAUUCUGUGGACUGGAAUUGUAUGCUGAAGGUCUCCAAGAUUAUAUUGCUGCUCUCAAGAUCGAGCCCACAAACAAAAAUGUAGAAGAUGAUGCUGAGAAGAUUCGACGCAUAAUUCAAGGAAAUGAAUGAUUCAUGGAGGUGGAGAAUGCAAAUUUGGUGAUCAGCUAUCCUGUCCAUGCUAGUAAUGUUGAUACUUAUCCUUGGAAGAUAUUUUGUUGGUGUAUUAAAUAAGUAGUUGAAUAUUCCUCUUCUUUAGCUCAGGUAUAGUAGUUAACAAAUAGGGGAACAUUUGAGGGCCUUUAUAAGAAUAUAAUAUAAAAUGCUUUCUUAAACUUAGAACACAUUUUUUCUUAUCUUGCACAGUAAACAAAUAGAAAAGCCUAA